UGUCAGAGUUUUCCUCCGAGGAGCAGUUUUUUCUCUUUUUUUCCCAAAAAUUAUGUAGAGCACAAUUUUGAGUUUUGGGAUUCGGUUUUUUUUUUAGAUCGCAGUUUCCCGCAGUCCCGAUGUGUGUGCGAAUUUUGGGUGCUACGGGGCUACUGGGUGAUGAUGGAGCCACUGGGAAACCUGGACCCAGAGGAAGCAAUGGACCUCCUGGACCUCAGGGGCCUCAAGGGCCAACAGGAAUCUCAGGCCUCCAGGGUGCUGCUGGGUUAAUAGGAGGAGCGGGAGACAGAGGGGACAAGGGUUUAGCUGGCAUAGGUGGCGAUGCUGGCCCUUUUGGACUAGACGGAAAACAGGGUCUCCUGGGCCACACAGGCGAUGAUGGACCACUUGGAGAGAAAGGAGACCUGGGAGAUGCCGGGCCUCGUGGAAAACCUGGUCCUUCGGGGUCACUGGGAGAGAGAGGACUUGCUGGACUAAAAGGAUUACAGGGGCCACCAGGACCUCUCGGUAACGAGGGAGAUGUCGGCCAUCCAGGAGAAGCAGGAGAGCCUGGUUCUAAAGGAAAUAAGGGAGAGGUGGGACUUCAAGGGUUCUCUGGUCCUGUGGGAACCUGGGGAGAACUUGGAAAAAAUGGAGAAAGAGGAGCAAAGGGAGAAAAAGGCAACAUCGGAUUAAUGGGUGAACCAGGACUGAUGGGUGAAGUUGGCCGUGCAGGUCUGACGGGGUUAGAGGGAAGUACUGGAACUCCUGGAACGCAGGGACCAAAGGGACUUGACGGACAGAAGGGGGACUCUGGGAGCUUUGGAGAAACUGGACCUCCUGGGUCAAGAGGCCCCGUGGGAGUACCUGGACCGCGGGGUGUCAGAGGAGACACUGGCAAGCUGGGACCCCCUGGUCUACUCGGACAGGUUGGUCCCAAAGGUCAGCAAGGAGCGAAAGGGGGACCAGGACAACAAGGCAUGAAAGGAGAGUCAGGAGCUCCAGGCCCUCCAGGGAAAGAGGGAGAUGAUGGCUUGCCAGGCAUUCAAGGUCCACCAGCUUUCACUGGCCUCGAGGGCCCUCCUGGAGAAAUUGGACCUCAUGGACCUGCAGGUCCCCUUGGGAAUCCUGGAGUGCAAGGAAGACUAGGACCUGAAGGCAAGCAGGGCAAUAAAGGCGAGAAGGGAGAUGAUGGCAAGAGUGGUUCGUCAGGAAAGACUGGUCAUAUUGGGAGAAGGGGAAAACGAGGGAAACUUGGAGUCAGAGGGACCAGGGGUAUGAGAGGACCAAAAGGUGAAAAGGGAGAAACAGGACUACCAGGACAUCUUGGCUGGGCAGGAAUGAUUGGCGUCCCUGGUUUACGUGGCGAUGUGGGGGAUCUCGGAGGAAAAGGAAAAGAGGGUGAGAAGGGUGACAUGGGCCUACCUGGACCACCCGGACUUGAUGGCCCCAAGGGUAUCCGUGGGCCUGUCGGGUCGCCAGGUGAAGUUGGUCUACAGGGAGAGCAGGGAAAUAUUGGUUCAACUGGACCGAGGGGCAGAACAGGCACACCUGGAUUACCUGGCAUGUUUGGGUUGCAGGGUUUGAAAGGUUAUCAAGGUUUUCCUGGUCUGCCUGGCAGAAGAGGCCUCCCGGGUCCACCUGGUGUUCCUGGAUUACCAGGACCAUCUCUAAACAUGACUUUGACAGAACUCAAGGAACUAAUGUAUGUCUCCGAUAAGCCCAACUACCAUUUGAUCCAGACUCUUCUGGAUUCUCUCGAGCAGGAGCUUCGACGGCUGGUGGAUCCUCCUGAUGGCACCAAAGACCACCCUGCCACUACAUGCCAAGAACUUUUGCUCUGCCACCCGGAAUACACCAGUGGAACGUAUUACAUCGACCCAAACCAAGGGAGCCCUGCUGAUGCUCUGCUGGCCUAUUGCAUCUUCUCCAGCACACCAACACAAACCUGCCUUCAUCCUCAACUUUCUCAGCUGCCCAUGAAAGCCUGGAUGGAGGAUUCUUCUGCUGACGGCGCUUUUCAGUGGCUCAGCCGGUUGGACCAAGGCUUUCACUUCGUCUAUCCAGGUGCCAGCGUGGUCCAGAUGCGUUUUCUCAGGUUGCAAAGUAGCACGGCCACGCAGAAGAUGACCUACUCCUGCCACCCGGGACACAUAUUGGGUCAGUCGGAAAGGGACAUCAAAUUCCUCACUGAUACAAGACAGCAAAGUUUCGUGGGAGCGGUUCAAGACUGUGUGGCUGCUGAAAAUAUGGUUUCUGGAGUCCGAGAAUCAGUGUUUGAGUUUGAGGACCUCAGCCUGCUUCCCCUGAGAGACGUGGCACCGAUGGGAGGUGGAAACUUUUCACAUCAAUUCGGCUUCAAUGUCGGACCGGUUUGUUUUAGUUAGGAUAGUUUGACACAUGGGGCCAUCCCAGAAGACAAACGUCUCAUCUGGCUUCUGAGAAUGACACUUUUUUUUUUGUACUCGGGAACAUCAUCUCUCCUUUUCUCAUAGAGAACUGUGUUGUUUACAGACACUCUAAAACUGUACGGAAUAAUUUAAAAUGUCUUGUUUUUAAGUUUCCAGUGCAUUGUUUGACAUAAUGUAUAAAAGGUGUGUAUCACAGUUAGCCUAUUUUGUAUAUGCUACUUACAAAACGUUUGGGGUAUUCAUUCGGCUGUCGGGUUGAAAGUUCAGGAUGAACCUAAAAAGUUAAACCUAAAAACAGAUUCUUAAGAACGUCUAACACCAAGUCAAGUUCUAUGCCUGCAUGCAGGCCCUGAGAGGCAGAUUGUAAAUAUUGUUUAGGUGACAUCUGAUUGCAUAACACUUACAGUCGUGGUCAAAAGUUGACAUACACUUGUAAAGAACAUAAUGUCAUGGCUGUCUUGAGUUUCCAAUAUUUUCUACAACUCUUGUUUUUUUUGUGAUAGAGUGAUUGGAACACAUACUUGUUGGUCACAAAAAACAUUCAUGAAGUUUGGUUCUUUUAUGAAUUUAUUAUGGGUCUACUGAAAAUGUGACCAAAUCUGCUGGGUCAAAAGUAUACAUACAGCAAUGUUAAUAUUUGGUUACAUGUCCCUUGGCAAGUUUCACUGCAAUAAGGCGCUUUUGGUAGCCAUCCACAAGCUUCUGGCAAGUUUCUGGUUGAAUUUUUUACCACUCCUCUUGACAAAAUUGGUGAAGUUCAGGUAAAUGUGUUGGUUUUCUGACAUGGACUUGUUUCUUCAGCAUUGUCCACACGUUUAAGUCAGGACUUUGGGAAGGCCAUUCAAAAACCUCUUUUAUGCGUGAACUGGCCAAAAGAAGAGGCAAAUAAAUGUUACACAUCUCUACAAUAAAGUUGCGAGCAUACAUUUGAGUUACGAGCCUCCCCACCACUAGUUGCUGUAGCAAUUUUAAGAGUGAACCCUGUAAGACAGAACUUUGUUUUCCAAACAUUGGAUGGAAGACAGAGAGUGUGUAGGUCAUUGCUGAGAAGAAGAGGAGGAUAGUCAUUGAAUCCAAAAGCUUGUUAUUUUUUAAAAGCAUGUCUUGUGUUAAAAUUGUGUUGUUUUGGGGUGGCCAAGAUCCGAUUUAAUUGAUUUUAAUUCAUUCCACAGGCGACGUUGAUAUAAGAUACGAGUUGCGAUCAAGCUGCGUCACAAAACUAAUUAAACUCGUAAGUUGAGGUAGUAAUGUACUAGAAUUUAAGUUGUUGAUGGCCUUCUGAUCACGUUUAGGCCUUCAGAGAAGGAUUUGUUAGCUUGUUUAUGAUCCAAUACACACGUCUAACUUGUGUCCAAAUGUUUCAAUAUGUAUUGCACAACUUGCUGUUCUCUAACAAGGUUUAAAAGUGCAUUUUAGCCUCAUCCUGAGAUUUCACCUGAAAGCAGAAUAUUUCAAUGUUUUGUUGGUAAUGUAUAGAUAUAAGAAACCCAUUGCUGCGCAUAGUACACUCUUCAUUUGGCAUGUGACACAAGGCCAGUUUCAUUUUAAGGUGCUAACCACAUUUUAUUUCGAAUGUCCACAUGUUUUAAGUUAAUCUAAAACGUUGCGGGGAACAUUUUUUUUGUUUCAGGAAUACUUGGUGCUCUUUUGUCAUAGUAAAAAUUGUUGGGUUUUACAUUGGUCUUUAACUGUACUAUAUGUUCUUGAUGUCUCAGGUAUGGUGUUCUCAACACGCCAUUUAGCUCACUUGUGUUGAAAUUACAUUAACGCUGCAAUGUCCAAUACCAAAACCAAUUGAAUGUCCCUACUUUGUUUCUGCUCACUCAGUACCAAAUAUCUUGUUGCCAAGUAACCUCAGUGAAAAGUUAAUUACCUCAGAUUAUUGACGCUGUUUGUGUUGGUUUUGUUGCCCAAAAGUAAAUAACCUGGUUUAGGAUAGAUCACUUUUCCAAGUGAAACAUAUUGAGUCAGCUGUUUUCUAAGGUUUGCAAAAAACAAUAACCUUCCUAAAAAGUCAUAAAACGUUGCUCACAUUGCUGGUUUUUGUCUUUCCACUGACAAAUAAAGAGGACCACUGCACUGUCAGCAAAAAAAUGUCAUGUUGUAAGUGUCAGUU